AUGGGGUGUUUACAGAAGAACAGUAUACAUUGUCAAUUUUUAGUUGGACAAGGUUACGAUGGAGCCUCUGCCAUGAGUGGAUAUUUACAUGGUGCUCAAGAAUACAUAAAAAAAGAUUUUCCCAUGGCACUUUAUGUACAUUGCAGUGCUCACUCGCUCAAUCUAGCGUUGGCCAACGCCUGUUCAUUGCCCUCAAUAAGAAACUGUAUUAGCACCAUUCAAACUUUUGGAACAUUUUUUCGCUCAUCGGCUCAAAGAAGUGAAUUAUUGAGAACAACUAUUAUCGAAACUCUUUCAGAGACAAGGCAUACCACAUUAGUUGCAUUAUGUGAAACUCGUUGGGUUUAUAAGCAUGAAAGUGUCAUGCGGUUCAAAGAACUAUAUCCCGCUAUUAUUGUUGCAUUGGAAAAAUUGGAGUCAUCAAUAAAUAAAGAAACUGCUCAAAAGUCUUGUCAGUUAUUAAGUACAAUUAAAGACGCUAAAUUUGUUAUACCUCUCGUAAUAAUUGAAAAUAUUUUUUCGUAUAUAUUGACAUUGUGUAAACAGCUACAGACAAUUAAUGCUGAUUUAGUCGAAGCAUGCAAUCAUGUUGAUGAUGUGUUAGCCGUAUUAGACGAAAUGAGAGAAAAUAACAAACAACAUUUUUCAGACCUGUUUUCUGUUGUUGCCAUCAUGUUGAAUAAAAAUAAAGAAGACAUUGUUUUGCCUCGUAUCGCUAAUAAACAAACACACCGUAGUAAUGUGCCCUCUCAUAGCUCUGAAGAGUAUUACAAUUUUAAUAUUUUUUUGCCAUUUCUCGACUAUAUCAGAUCACAGCUUUGUGAUAGAUUUCAGAAACACAAAUCUUUAAUAAGUUCAUUACAACAAAUCAUUCCAAGUAAAUGUAUAAUCGCUACCAAUGAAGAAAUAAACGACUGUGUAAACUUUUAUUCUCAGAUAUUGAUUGAGCCUAAUGCUUUCAAAGCUGAAUUUGCAAUAUGGAAGACAAAGUGGCUAAAAGAAGGAUCUCGCCCAAAAACAGCAAUUGCAGGACUUGACAAUUGUAACCCUCUUUUAUUUCCUAACAUAAGGAAACUUCUACAAGUCUUAGUUACUAUGCCUAUGUCAACAGCGACACCAGAAAGAACAUUUUCAUCUUUAAAAAGAUUGAAAACGUAUCUCAGAAAUUCGACUGGUGAAACACGCCUCAAUGGAUUGGCUUUAAUGUCAGUUCACCGGGACAUCAAUGUUGAUCCAGAAGAGAAAUAUUUAGCUGUUGAAGAUUACAGCGUACACUGUGUUUAA